AUGCUGGGGGUGGGGGACGGGGGGACCCCUGUGCGGAGCUGGCGGAGACCCGGCCGAGGGGGCGUUGGCACUUUUCAGGAGCCGGCAGUGGCCCAAGCGGUUCUACACCAGGACCACCGGCUGCAAGAAUCAGAGCUGAGCCUCCUCCCCCAUGAGCCUGAGAAUCUUGCCAAGGACACCAGUGGAGGGGACUGCCCGGUCGAGUUGGAGCCUGGGGCCACUGAGCAUGCUGUCCUGGAGGCUGGAGGGCCAGCAAGGGCACUGAAGGGUGCAGGGACGGUGACCCUGGGCUCUGAGGAGGCACCAGCACAGGUAGGAAGGAGCCUUCUGCAGACAGGUCCUAUAGGGUCUCUUGGAAAGGCUGGGCCAGUCAGCUUAGGGCUCAUGGGGUCACUGGGACGGGGGCUGGUGAGCCUGGGGCCAGUGGGCUCUUCAGAGGAGGCAGGGCUGAUGAGCCCGGGGUCUGUGGGGUCUCCAGGCCCAGCGGGCCCCAUGGAGAUUGCCCCAGGGUCUCUGGAGCAUGUGGGGUGGGUGAGCCUGGGGCCUGCGGGGCCACUGCGGGGCCACCCGGUGGGUAUGGCGCUGUCCCUGGAGCCAGGAACCAUGCCUUUCAUACAACUUGACCACGAGGACCUUCUUGCCGACCUGGGACAUGUUGCUGUCUUCCCGGUGGGAGGACCAGAUCUGAUGGGCUUUUGGCCGCACCCUGGCUGGGCUUGGCCACUGACCCAGAGGAGGUCCGAGGGCCGAUGGCCACCCUGGGGGACCCCGAUGGGGAGGGCUGGCCGCCUCCAGAGCCGGGGACAGAGAAGCCUGAGGGGGAGUCUGCACCCAGGGCCGGGAGGGGCCUGGGCGGCUGCAAGCAGAGACGUGCUGGCCGCGAGCGGUCCCUGGAGCUUCAAGGCCGGGCGGCCCAGCAGGAGGACGCUGUGUGCCGCAGUGAGCCCUGGCCCUCUCCUUGCUGGAUCCCCUGUGUUGGAGGCAGAAGAUGGGCUCCCAGGUGGGGGGCACUGGUGGCCAGGCCUGGCUGGUGGCGCGUGUGGCCUUUGAGCAGGAUGGGGGCCUCUCCCUGCCGGAUUCCUGGUCUGAAGCAUGGGGUGGUGACGCCAUCUCGCGGCUACCGUGAGGAUUGCUCGUUUCACAGACAACGUGCCCGGCGCCGUUCUGGGAUCUUCUGCCUGCCACAGCGUCUGCCCCAGCAAAAACAGGGCUCGCUGCAGUAUUUUUACUUGCCUAGAUGUGGAAACUCUGAGCGUGGGUGUGCCUCAAAGACCGGGAGCCACCGGUGGGGAACCAGCGCCCCGAGCUGACAAGCAGCAGGACGAAGGGUGGCCGCAAGGUGAGGGCAGGUCUGAAGAUGAGCUGGCCACUUAGGAAGGAGGGCAGGGCGAGCGCUCACGGCCCGCAGACAGGCACGCGGGAGGGGACUGUGGAGCCCGGCUCGUCGCUGAGGCACAAAGCUGUGGCCUUCCCCCGACCUGGCCCAGACACGCGCCACCGCCGGCCCCACCGCUCUCCUGCAGCUAUCACGAGGCUCCGUGUUUGGGCCGUACGGUGAUGGACAUAGAGCGAUAAUGAAAAAAUACUCACCGUUAAACCGCAGAGGCAACAGGGAACUGAAAUCCUAGUUGUUACAGCUGUGUUGCAUGAAAGAAUACUCUAGGGCUCAAGGACUCGUGGCACUUAAUUUUUUUUUUUUUUUUUUUUUUUUUUUUUUUUACUUUCUUCCUGUUUUCUGGGUUGUGCUCGGCUGCUGGGUGGUGCCUGGCACCCCCUUGUUCCCUUCCUGCAGAUUCUUCACCUGCUUAGUAGAGGUAACUCCUUGGGUGGGUAGUAAAUAUCCUGGGCUCUUAAAUCUAUUUUGCCUUUUACCAUUACAGGUCAUUUGCAUCUAUCAGUUGAUAUUGGAAUAACUCCCCCCCCCCCCCCCCCCAUGACAGUUGCCAGGUGUUCGAGACCUUCCUGUGAAGCUGAGUAUGUGCCGCGAGUUCUCGUGUACCCAAAACUGCUUGUUUCCUCCCACCGUCUGUAGCGUCGCUGGCUACGGCAUUCAGGGCCAAAGUGUGUUUUCCCUCAGAUCUUUGAAAGACAGCACUCUUUUUCUUUGCUCUUAAACAGUUUGUCGUUUGGAAAGCUAAAUAAAAAUCCACUUGUGG